AUGAGGGUUGUAUGGUCUUAUUUGUGUAAUGAAAAGAAGAAACCAUCUCCAGCCAGUUUUUUGUGUCAGCACAUUCCAAUCCUCCACAACUCUACAAACACCACAGACAGUUUAGACAAGUACUCCAAUUUACAGCAGGCUCUCUACUGGGCUGAACCAGACAGAUCUGUCACACAUGUGUCCCUCAGUACUAGUCCAGUCCACUCCACAUUCAUCAUCCAUGACCUGAGAGAGAGCUACCAAAUAGGGGAGGAGCUUUUUGUUAGUGUGCAUGCGAGGGAUUUUAACAACAAACCCAAACGUUAUGGAGGGGACUUCUUUCAAGCCAAGCUGUUCUCGUCUGCAACUAAGGCCAGUGUGUUUGGGGAGGUGGUGGACCUGAACAAUGGUUCCUACUCUGUGCGUUUCUUCCUGCCAUGGGUUGGUGAGGCACAGGUGGCUAUACGUCUUAUCCACUCCAGUGAAGCUGUGCAGGUCCUGAGGUGUCACAGAGACACUGACUCUGACAGAGUGUUUUUCAAUGGAUAUUAUGAGGGGCCAGAACCAAAUGGGAUCAGGCUGAGUGAGGAAGUGAAGUGUAAUGUGAAGUGGGACAAGAAUGGACUGGAGAGGAUGGGAACUGGAGACUGCUGCUGUGAAUACAAGGAUCCCCGUACUGGAGAAACAUGGCGCUGCCAGAAACCCAAAUCCCUGCCAUGCAAUGCCCUUGUGUACCACUCUAUGGGCAGGUAUAUCAACCGCCUGACUAAAGAAGAGAAGAUGCUUAUGAAGCACACCAACAAAUAUAUCAAUGGUGAAAAGAGCAUCAUCAAAAUUCUUCCUUCCAUUGCAUUUGAAAGUAUUGAUGUAAAUGAGAAAUGCCAUCCUGGUUUGCCAACACCAAUUCCAGCUGGCUUUUAUCUGUAUGAUGUGUGGACGUCCUUUGUCUGUAGAACCCAUCAUUUUACAACCCAAAUGACAACACAGUGCCUGAAAGACAAACACAUCCACAUGAUGGGAGACUCUACUCUGAGACAGUGGUUUGAAUUCUUGGUGGAAGCAGUACCAACCCUGAAGCAGAUGAAUCUGCAUGUUCAAUAUCAGGCAGGGCCACUCAUAGCAGUAGAUGUGGAGAACAACAUUGUCUUACAUUGGAGGGCUCACGGUGUUCCUCUGCGGUGUCUAGAAACAUCAGUGGUGAAUCUGCACUACAUCAGUAAUGAGAUUGAUGACCUGGCUGGAGGAUCCCACACUGUCAUUGUGUUUAAUCUGGGGCCCCACACAUACCCUCUGGAUAUUUUCAUCCGUAGAGUGUUGAGGAUUGGCAUAUCUGUACUGGCAUUGUUACAACGGGCACCAGACACUAUCAUCAUAAUAAAGACUGUCAACACUGGCUAUAAGGAUGUGUUUGGCAGUGACUGGUAUUCCUUACAGUUGGACAGAAUUCUACGAUGGGCUUUUCAGGAUGUUAGUGUUUACAUUUUAGAUGUGUGGCAAAUGACAGCCUGUCACUACAGCAAAGAGGACAUUCAUCCAGGCCCAAUCAUCAUCAAAAAUGAAAUUGACAUUUUCCUUUCAUUUAUUUGCCCGGAAUGAAUUUACAUUGUUUUGAAAUGGAGGAAUGUAAAGUGUUCAAAAAUAACUUCUAGUGCCAGUGAAAAGCCUGUCACAGGUGUAAGGCUGGCAUCAGGAUGUCUACACCCAAAAGGCUCUUUGAGAGCUAACAUCAUAAAACUCUCACACAGAUAUCCUUGGAAACUUUUAUAAGACAGAACACGCAGGAGACCUUCAGCCACGCCAUUGGAUACCGUCCUUGGGCCAUUGGGUGGCCUCCCUCUUACACAGGUGAUGUAGAAAAAAAAUGAAUUCAAAAACAAUUCUUAUUUAAAGAACUGCGUAAUUUACAAUGGAAAAAACAAAAACAAAACAGACAUACUGUGUCUUCACUGUGCUGUAUUUAAAUUGUCCCAAUCUAAUUUGCAUUCACAAGCCUGGAUCUUGUUUAUAAUGAGAUUCAUCAGGGUUAAAUGUGCACUCAGAAUUUUUUUUUUUC